AGCUCCGGUUAUUACUCAGGAUGUUGUGAUUGUGAAACUGUCAAGUUUAAUUUCAUAAAUUCUUAGUUUAAGCGAAGUAAAUUCUUUCCCAUUUUAUUGUUUUCCUGUUAGUGACAUAUUCAAGACAUACAAAAAAUGGAUGAUUCCCUGUUUCAGUUGCGGUUUACUACAAAACAAUUAGAAAGAUUGGCUUCAAAAGCUGAAAAAGAUCAAAAAAUUCAACAAUCUAAAGUCAGAAAGGCCUUACAACAGAAAAAUGUGGAAGGAGCUAAAAUAUAUGCUGAGAAUGCCAUUCGAAAGAAGAAUGAAGGUUUAAAUUUUUUACGUAUGGCUGCUCGUAUUGAUGCUGUUAGUUCUAAAGUGCAGACAGCAUUAACUAUGAAAAAUGUAACUAAAGAUAUAGCAAAUGUUAGUAAGGCACUGGAUAAAGCCAUGUCUUCCAUGGACCUAUCAAAGGUGGAACAAAUUAUGUCUAAAUUUGAGAAACAGUUUGAAGAUUUAGAUGUUAGAACCUCAGCAAUAGAAUCUGCUAUGGGAACUGCUACCACACUGAGUACACCACAGGAUCAGGUAGAAGCGUUGAUACAUCAAGUAGCAGAAGAGAAUGGUCUAGAAAUGAUUGAUCAAAUGAGUGAAUUAAAUCCUGCUACAGCCUCAUUACGACCAACUAAAGAACAGGGUGAAAGUAGUAAAGAAGAUGAUUUAUCUAGGAGGUUGCAAGCCUUACGGAACUGAUAAACCAAUGUUUUAUAUUGUGAUAUCAUCACUGUUCUGGUUUUGAAUAAUGAAAGGGGGAACUGUAGAAAAUGUAGUAAUAAUAUGCAUCUGUUUGUUGUCACCAUUUAAAUCACAUAGCAUCAUCAUGACCAUGUGAUAAACAUAUGUGUCUUGUAGUAUAAACAGUUGUAACCUGAUCAGUUAGAAUAAACACAAGUGGAUUAAAAACACUAAAAUCAGUCUGACAAAUGAUUAACCAAAUUGUUUUGUGUAUGACGGGGCCUUAGGAUUAUCAGACAAUUUUUAAAGAUGCAUUAUGUAAGAACUAAAUCUGUCUAUUGCAGGCUUCAAUGUUAUAUAAAUUAUUAUUUAGACAUUUAUUCACACGACAAGCCCAUUAUCAACUCUUUGGGUCAUCUGAUGGAUGGGAUAUUGAAUGGAAUAGAACACUCAUGACAUUUAAUAAUUUAACAUGUAUAUUAUCAUAGCAAUGACCAUCUAGACUAUGCUAUUCUUUCUUGUUCAAACAUCAAACAUUCAUAACUUUGCUCAAAAUAAAGUAAUUUGACUACAAUUUUCAAUAUAUUCAUUUUUCAUGAUCUUUUUUUAAAACUAUUAUAGCAAGACGCAUCAGCCCUCUAUCUUAAUCUUUCAUAAUUCAUCUUUAACUAUUGUUAUUGGGGGCCCAUAUUUCUUCCUAUCCAUCACAUGUAUUUGUAAUGCAUAUCUGGUUAUUUUGUCAUUAGCUGUUAUUUCACUAAAAUCAUCUUUUACAAACCUUGUUUUCAAUGGUAGUUGUGAUUACGUUUUCUAUUAUUUGUUAAUUAUUGUAUUUGUUUUAAUUUGUUAUAUGUAGGAUAAUGCUUUAGGUAUUUAUUGAGGAUGCUAAAAUUAGAGAAAUAAGUAUUACAAAUAACUGAGAAUGUCAUCCAUAAAUUAGUUCUGCUGAACCAGGUUUCCAUGAUUUUAAACCUUUUAUAAUCUCCCUAAACAUGUCUUAUUCAGCGUUUUCAGUUCUUUUAAACUUCAAAAUCCAAAACUUUGAAUACAGUAUAUUUUAAUAAUUCUAUAGCAAGUUACAUUGUCAUUUAAAUCAUUAUUAUUUGAUUUAUGUAAGUUGUUAAUUUCAUUUUAUUUCUUAAUAUCAAACCACAAUUUGUUUUGACUUUUUAAAAAACAGUUUCUGACUGUAUUUAUUCACAUCUUGUAAUAAUGAUAAAUUUGUGACAACAAAAUUAACAAAAGUCUGAAUUUUAUGCAAUGGUGUUUACUAGUAUCACACUAGAAUAUACUGUUUUUCAUGAAAUAUUACAGUUCCCCUGAAUUUGUAUAAUUUGUUAAAAAUGUAUAUAGAACCAUAUUUUAUAAUAUUACUAAUUGUUCACCAGUCAACUUCUAGAAAUAGGUAUUGUUCCUACAAAAAGAUCCAGAGAAGCUAAAGAAAUAAUUACAGCAUAAUUUAAAUACGAGUUAAGAUUACUGGUACUCUAAUUGAAUUGAAUCAUAUUACUGUUAAUAGUAAAAUAACUCAAACAGUAUUCUGAUGAAGGCACAGGAACUACACUAACAUUUUGAAGAAAUGAAAGUACCAGAAUAUGGCGAAUCCACAUUCUAAAUUAUAAUAUGAUGUGUGUGUGUAUAUAUAUAUAUAUAAUGUGUUCUAUCCAUAUACUACCCCAAACUCUAGGAUACAGAUACGUCUUUUUAUUAUUAUAUUGUUUGGUAUUAUUUGUAGACAUUUUUCAGUAACAUAUUACUUGUGACAAUUCAGUACUGAAUUCUUUAUCGCCUUACCUUAAAAUUUGUUCUGUAAGGCAUCUGUCCAUUUGAAAAUUUGAACAAAAAGUAAAAAUGUAAAUUAUUUGUGUAUAAAUCUGAUGAAAUCAAGUGAAGUAUAAAAUAAACUGUUUUUAUUAUC